AUGAACACGAUUGCAGGAAAAAGGCCACCUGCUCCUGGGCAAAGUGAAUCAGCUCCUAAAGAUAAACGUCUCAAGACAAUUGCUUGUGACCGUUGUCGUAGACGAAAGGUGCGCUGCGAUGGUGGUGAUGGCUAUAAUCAAGUGCCAUGUGAUUACUGCACAUCGGUUGAGCUGGAGUGCACAUAUAGUCGAAAUGUGAACUCUGGUACUGCCCAGAAUUCUUCAAAAUCAAAUGCGAAGAGUCAAGAUCAAGCGACAACAAUUCAUGCCUCAAAAUCUAAUAACACCAAACAGAGAACCACAAGUGCACGCCGAAACAAUUCUAUGAAAAGUCAAAAAUCACCCAUGACAAAUACAACUUGGGAGAUUUCAAGUGGAAACUCUUUAUUAACAACAGCAACAUCUUCAAGCGCUUUUCAUCCUAAUGAGCCGAAUCAAAUUAGAAGAAUUAUUCCACAAAGUCUUCCAACCUUUGGUACACGAAAAAAUGAAUUUGGUUACGCAGUUCAACUUUUGACGGAAGUAACAGGUCAACAGGAGGUAGCGGUGCUCCGCGAGCUUAGUCCUUAUAUAUCUGUUCCCCAAGAGGAACAACAUCCUCCACCCCCCCAAGAUUCCAUUCAAACCCAUGAAUUCAAUGAAAACCUUGUGCAUCUUUAUUUUCGUAAUUUUCAUCCAUUGCUACCAGUUUUGCAUAAAGCAUAUUUUAUGGAGGGACUAAAACGCAGACAAAAACCAAUGAAUCCAUUGUUAUUGUAUGCCGUCUACGCGAUUGGUUCCACCUAUUCAGAUAAUCCAAACGUAAGAAAAGAUCCCAGUGAUCCGACAACUGUCGGACAAGAAUUCUAUGAACGUGCGCAAGCUCUUGUCACCAGAAACUUUGACACGCCGCGUUUGUCUACAGCCACCGGAUGUUUUUUAUUGGGUAUAUUUGAUGCAUUGAGAAGCUUAAAAAGUAGAAUGUAUGUUGGAAUGGCAACUACUUUGGCCGUUACAAUGAGAUUUCAUGAUAAAACUGCGUCGGAAAAUUUCUCUAAGAAUGAAAAAGAAGCUCGAAAUAAGUUAUGGUGGGCAAUUAACAUUGUAAACCAUCUUACCUGCGUUGCCCUGAAUCAACGUUCAGUGUUUGAGGAUAAGCAUAGUACGAUCGACUUGCCGGCAGAUACUCAGUCAGCUCAAGAUCAACUUGAAACACACAUAAACACAUAUUUCGAGCAUUAUUCGAAAAUCUCUAAAAUUUUGUAUGACAUAUUGGAGUUCGCUUUAAACCCAGCAAAUGCAUUGGACACAGCAACUUUGGAAUUAGAGGAGAGAUUGAGAGGAUGGCAAGUUUCUUUGCCUCCAUUUCUCCAGAUCGAAAAUGCACACCCAUUGACCUCUAGUUCCGAUGAAACUACGAUUGAGCAUCUGCGCAUCUACUUGUGCAUUUUAUAUCAUUACGCGAUGAUCCGAAUUCAUUAUCCAAAUAUUGAUUCAAAGAAUAGCAAAGAUAUCUGCACUAAUGCCGCAAAUAAAAUCACCGCAUUCACCAAUGAACAUUUAGUUUUCCUCGUCAAUAGCAAUCAAUUCAUCGCUCAAUGUGCAUUGUAUGCUGGAUAUAUUCAUCUUCGAAAUAUUCGUGAUGGGAAACCAAAUGACUCUGAAUUGGCAAAAGAGAAGACAUUAGAAACAAUGUUAUUUUUUCAGAAAGUAGAACAAGUUCCUUCACUACAUUUCUUAAGCACUGCCAUGAAAGAUUUAAUUGCUAUUUUCGCUUCUCAGUUGAAAAAAUAUUCAACUGGCGAUGAACAUACAAUGCGUAUUGUGAAUAGUGUUUUGGAUAACAGUGGAACUAAUUCGUCUUCGUCUUCCACACCACAAAUUAAUAAUAAUACCACUGGUUAUAUCGGCUGGACUAACGAAUCUAAAUCAAAUUUAGAUCGUAUAUAA